GGACGCUGCCGGUGACCGCGCCGCGCCCGGCGCCGGUGCUCUCCGUGGUGGCCCGGCCCGGGGACGCGCUGUACGUGCCCCGGGGCCUGGAGUGCCGCACUGCUCGGCGGGCCGCGGAGGCGCCGGAGCUUCCCGGGACGCUGUACCUGAUUCUGGUGGUCAGGUCGGGCGAGCAGUCCCUUGAGAUCUCUCUGGGGCGGUACGUCAACGACCUGCUGAUGGACAAGUCGCUCCCCAGCGACGCCGACGCCUUCCUGCGAUCGGCCGUCACGAAGCCCGUGGUGCCCGAGCGCUACGGCGGCGGCGUGGGCGGCGCUGCUGUCGCCGGGAGAGAAGGCGGGCGCGCCGGGCUAGAGGCCGCCCUCGCGGGCGCCGCCGGGGAGCUGGCCUCGAGGAUCAGCGCGGGCGGGCUCAGGGCCCACUUCCUGGGGCAGAUGCGGCAGCGGGCGGAGGCGCAGCAGGCCCAGGCGGCGAAGAUGCGGUCGAAGCUCGAGGUGCCCCCGCCCCCGGACUUCGUCCUGGAGAGGAGGGCCGUGCGCGUCGCCCGCGGUGUGCAGUGCACGUGCCAGCCCGGCAGCACGGUGGCCAGAUUCCGGCGCGGCGCCGACACGCUGAACCUGCCCAUCGAGAGUUCCGCCUCGGCCCUCGUCGCCGCGCUGAGCGACGGAAAGCCCCACCGCGUCGGGACGCUCCCCUGCGAGGACCCCUUCGAGCGGCUCUCCGUGUGUCAGAUCCUCGUGGACAAGGAGUGCGUGGAGGUGCUGGCGGACGCGGGGGAGUGAGGGCGCGCGGCGGUGCCUCGCGCGAGGGGGGCUCCGCCCUCCGCCCGCUCCGCGUCGGUCCUCCGCGCGGCCUCCGCCCGACCGCGCGCGCGGGCGCGGGCGGCUGGUCUGGAGGGUCCGCUCGCAGCGGCGGGCCUGCUCCCCCUCCUCCUCCUC